CCAUUAUUCUUCUAUUUACUACAUAGAUUCCUCGUUCCGAGCUCACAUACUCGCCCAAAACAAGCUUCUUCCGGCGAGUCGUCCCUUCUCCCUCGUGGCCACCUCUGUCGAAUCUCCAGCUUUGAUUACACAAUUUUACACUGACUAAUGCUGCUGGUGUAGCAUUAGUCUCUCACUCUCAAGCCCGCACCGCUGGCUUUCUACACGAGUCAGCAUAGUACGAUGCCUGGGGGCCAGGCCGUAACGUUAAAUUCCCCUAAAAACCCCUCCAUUGGUCCCGGCCGGUUCUCCUCUCUCUGCUCCUCGGACGGGGAUAACUGGGCUGAUGUCAAGCCCAAGGUCUGCUUUAAACGCACGCAUGUGAACGCGACGGACCCUGAUGCGACAGAUUCGUCGUCGGGCGACGAGAGCUGCGGCACGCACUGGGUCAAGACCUCGCGCGUGAAGAUCGAGCCUGAGGCUGCGGCGCAUGCGCACGGUACGCGCGUAGAUUCCGGAAGCGAAGGCGCGAUGGGAAGCUGCCUUCCCGCUUCCGCCGGAGCCUUUCCAUUUUCCACCCCCGCCGGGACCUCCCCCUUUUCUGCCACAGCCUCCCCGUUUUCCGCCGCCGACUCCCGACCCUUCCCCCUUGACCCCGCGCGAGCAAUGCAGCCCCCCUUCUUUCCGCCAUAUCCGUCUCCGUACUUCGCGCCGCACUUGCCGCCGCAUUUACCGCCGCAUCUGCCGCCGCAUCUACCGGCCUGCCCAAAGCAGCUCGCCAAGUGGCAGAAGCAGGCUUCCGUCCCCGUCCCCGUGUCGUCCGCCGCACUUCGUGCCGCCCAUCGCGGCGACAAUCUCCCCGCUGCGCCUGGCACGAUGCCGUUAGGAAUGCUGGGGGGUCCCUGCUCCGCAUAUCCCAUGACCGUGAGUUACGGCGCAACUUACGGCGGGUUUUACGGGCCGGCAGAACUGUCAACUGCGGGAGGGAGUUCCGUUAAAUCUGCUGCGGCGGCGGCGGCGGUAGGAGGGCGGAACGGAAUUCCCGCUCAACCCCACUUGCCCUCCGCCCGUCCCGCCCCUUCCGCUUCCGCCCGUCGUUCCCCUCCGCGUGCUCCCUCCGCUCCUUCCACUCUCUCCCCGCCCUCUCCGCCCUCCCCUGUUUCCGCCGCUUCCCCUCCUUCCGCUUCAUCCGCCCGCUCCGCCUUGUCCGCGCCCUCGGCCCCCUCUCCACCCGGCGCUCUCGGGCCCGCAGCCGCCGUGCCUGCGCCACAUCCUCCGCCCCCCGCGGCUUCCGCGCGCGCUGUUACAACCUCCGCCGCCGCCCCCGCUGCUGCUCCCGCCGACGCAGCUCCCCCCGUGGGCAUGCAGGGUGCGCCUGCCCCCUACCCGGCCCCCGUUUACUGGCGGAUGGCUCCGCCGUCGGCGGCCGCUUCCAUGCCAAUGGGCUAUUUGACGGCCAUGCCUGGAAUGGCCGGCCAAUCUGCCGGCCAGCUUGCCGGCCAGUCUCUUGCGACGACGCAGUAUGGCGGUUUAUACGCGGUAGAGUCUGCUCCGUUUCUUCCGUUUGCGCCGCAUGAGGGGGCUUUUGCCUUUGCGCCGAUUAGUAUGGGCGCGGGGGGGCUGGCGCAGGAGCACGGGGGAGCGGGGAUGGCGGGGAUGGGGAGUGUACCGCAGAUGGGGGGAACGGCAGGGAUGGGGGCGAUGGGGGGGGUGGGGGGAAUGGGGGGGAUGGGGGGAAUGGGGGGAAUGGAGAUGGGGGGAAUGGGGGGAAUGGGGGGGUUGCAAGGGUUUCAUGUGGUGCGUAGUAUGGAAGAUCUGCAGCAGAUGCAGAGAAUGCAAAGCUUGCAUGGGCUGCAAGGGAUGCAAGGGAUGCAAGGGAUGCACAACUUGCAAGGGUUUCAAGAUUUUCAAGCCAUGCAAGGAAUGCAAGGCGUGCAGGGAAUGCAAGGGAUGCAAGCGUUUCAAGUGAUGCCACCGAUGCAUGGUAUGCAUGGCAUGCAAGCUCUACAGGGCAUGCAGGGGAUGCCUGGCAUGCACCUGAUGCAGGGGAUGCAGGGGAUGGCAGGGAUGCCAGGCAUGCAUGGGAUGGCAGGGAUGCCAGGCAUGCAUGGGAUGCAGGGGAAGGAGAGGCACGGGAAGCUGAAGAGGGGCGAGGGAAAGGAUAAGGCAGUGCACCGAUACCGAGGCGUCAGGCAGCGACCGUGGGGCAAGUGGGCGGCUGAGAUUCGGGAUCCAGCGAGGGGCGUGCGGCUGUGGCUGGGGACGUACGACACUGCAGAGGAUGCCGCUAGGGCGUAUGAUGCUGCUGCAAGAACCAUAAGAGGCCCUGACGCCCAGACAAACUUUGCCGACCCAAACCCUCCAGCGGCUGGUGAUGCUGCUGGUAUGGGUUCUGCUGGUGCUUGUGAUGGUGGUGCUGCUGGCUCUGCUGCUGGUGGCAGUGCUCUUGGCACCGGCAGCAUGGCUACCGCUGCUGCUGCUGCCGGUCCUGCUGCUACAGCUGCUGCUGGUGAGGCGGCUGGCGCUGCUACAGCUGGUGCUACAGCCGGCUGUGUCAACGGUGUCUCGCCUUUCCUGCGCACCAAGAGGAACAGCAAGGCGCACAAGUACAUGCAGGAGUACUGCAGCGACACUGAGAGUUUCGCGAGUGAAGUGGCUUCGGAGCUGUCAGAUUGCAACAAGCUGCUGUCUUCAGGUGCUCCAGGUGCUUCAGGUGCUUCAGGUGCCAUCCCUGCAUCAGGUGUCAUUCCCACCGUCACAAGCACAACCUGCACAACCACCCACCCUGCUCCUGCUACUGCCGCCGCCACCGUCGCUGCUGCUGCGGCUGCUGCUGCUGCUGCCAGUCCAGCAUCCCAAGUGCUUCCACAUCCGGAGAAGAUUGAGAAGGCAGAGAGAGCAGAGGGUAAUGGUAACGGCAACGGUAACAUUGAUGUGCUCAUUGAUCUGCCAGCUGAUUUCACCGACAUGUCAGCAUGCCUGCUGUUUCCAAGCUCUGGUCCUGAUGCCUCUGCUUCAGGUGCUGCUGCUGCUGCUGCUCCAGGGUCUGCCACUGUUCUUGGAGUUCCCGCUGCUUAUGGCGAAACUGCAUUUGCUCAUGAGCAGUGUGCGUCGACGAUGCUGACUAAGGUGGAGCAGUGUCAAGAGAACGAUGUGGAUGCCGGCCUGUGGACUCUGGACAUGCCGUUGUAUCUAGAAACAGGUGAUGAUGGCAUGGACAGCAUUUUAUGGUAGUGGCGUCUCACUUCGUUGUAUCAUAUUGACAUAAAAGAGCUACCUUAUUGACCAUCUCUGGAGAAGGGCGUU